UCCAACACUCCACACCCUUUGCAGAAAACAUGUAAUUUGCAAAAGGACUCAAAAAGUUUGUUAAACAUUUUCAUUUGCUUAUUCAUCACAUAUACCCACCACCGACAAGCACCCACCGCCGACCAUCAGAAUGAAUCACAACGAGAUUUGCAUGUUCAUGGACGUGAAACUUGACACCCAGGACAAGCGCGCAACUGCCCUACGUACGUGGACCAGAUGUCAGGUAAAAAUCGAGGCCAUUAAAUGUGUGCCCUGCUUUUUACGCCUGAGCUUCCAAAGCGCGGGAGACGCUUCAGAGCUGCUGAGCGUUUCGGUCAACGUUCCUGGAGUAAGCAUCAGCCUGGCCACAUCGCGCACAAAACAGCACUCGUAUGGACUUUUCUGGACGCAGAAUCGACGUGAUUGUUUUAUUUACUUUGCCCUGGAAACGGAGACCUCUUGCAGGCGGCACAUGAAGUGGAUGAAAAAGUCCAUUAAGAAUCUUGAGCUGUAUCGCCAGGUCUUCCUAGAACAGCGCAGACUUAGCCGCGGGCCCAGUGCACAAAAUGCUCUUGGUCCCCUGCCUACAUUGCCGGAUGUUUAUGGUCUGGAUGCCAACAGCUUUUCAGCACGAAUUUCGCGCGUUUCACAAAUAUAUGAGGAGAUUUUCGAUGGCAGUCGUAUAUCACGUGCGUCCAUUGCAUCAGGUAUCUACGAAGAAAUGAAACCGUCCACUGAAUUAGAGGUGCCGCCAACCGUUCCUCCUUUACCCGUACAUCGCAAGCGUAUUAACACCUUCGAGUGCUCACCGCAGAAUGGCAGGAUAGAUGAGUUGCCCCGCUGCAGCACCAAUCCCGAAUCGGACCUAGCCAAAAAGAAAAAAUACAAGAACAUGCUAGAAAACAUUUUUGGCACUUCUCGUGGAAAGCGCACGGCAAGCAUAAGUGAACCCGUCCAGCAGCCGCACAAUUCACCAGUGAUCUACGAGAACACAACACCAACUCGCGGAAACAGUGGAACUCCCACAAGCAUCGUAAAAUUUCAGCGCAACAGUUUCUCCAGUCCCGAUCUAUCAAAACUGAAUUUUCUUGACACAUGUGGUGAAGCCCACAUAGCGGAUAUGCUAAAAAUGGAAUCAGAGGAGUCCAGCGGAGAACUGAAUGUUAGUCUGGAUGAAUCCGUUAUUGAACCGGUAUCGCGCGAUUUGUUGCUGGCUAAGAUUACAAAGCAGCUGAGUAAAGGAAAUUCGCUAGAAAGUCUCAACGUGUCUGAGCAGUUGCCACAUAAUUUUAAUUUUUCUGCGUGUAACACUUCCAAGAUUAAUCUCAUUGGAGCCAAUGGCGCUGUUCCGAACAAUACUCUCUUACAGAAAAACAAAAUUCUGGUUGAUGAUGUCUCAGGUUACUGUGUAAUGGCGCCCAUUGUGAAAAAAAACACUGCACAGAUAGAGAAACAGCCUACGACAAGCACAUCCUCGAGUACCUCUGGCUAUUCGACGGGCUCCUACAGCUCCUCAUCGAGUAGUUGUAAUAACGAGGAUCAACAGUGUAAGACGUUAACCCAGGCGCAAAUUCCCCUACCACCUCCGCCACCACCACCAAUGGUCUCGAAUGAGAGCGGGAUUUACGAACCCAUGCAUGUCUCUUCGCUUAAUAGCACAGCAACUCCGAACAGCGGUUUCGUUGAUCACCUAUAUGAAAAUUUGUUAACUGUUAAGGCGGAACAGGAGUUGGAGCUCCCGCUGGGCUAUGGACUGAGCACCAGUACUCCUACUGAGUCACCGUUGGUGCCAGUGUUGCCACAGAAAGGGACACCCAAGAACCAGACAGCACCCACCAAACAAGAAGAGGAUUACUAUCAAACACCACGCAGGUCCAUAAUAAGCGUAGAUGACAAGAUACCCUCUUAUUAUCCGAAUAGCUGCGACACACUGAAAUCCAAGCGGCGCAGCCCCAACACUGACAAUGGGAGUGGUCUCCGACAUUUGGUAAGUGCUAAGCUGCGACGCGAGCGCAAAGAGAAUCUCUACAUAUCAUCACCGCAACAAAUUAUUGAACAGCGUCAAAAGCGAUCGCCCACAUUAUCAACAGCAUCAUCAUCAGCAGCAUCAUCCGCAUCAAAGACUAAAAUGCAAACUAAAAAGACUGCCGCCCAUAAAAUCUCCGAGGGCGUUUAUGCUGUGACCCAUGGAGCCAGUAAUGGCAAAUGGCAUAGUAGCAACAGCUACAACAAUAAUGACGUGAACAAUCUAGGUGCAGACGUGCAGCAGAAAAUGGAGGAGGAGCUGCUUCAAUUGGCCAUGUUGCAAAACAUUGAUUUCAAAUUUGACGAUAACAAAUCUAGCGAUCCAAAGGCUCAACCGGCAAAGUCCAUUCCAAUUCAAGAAUCACCAGUGCAUCAAACGAGCAUUGUGCCUACUAAACUAGAAGAAGAGUACGAACAUUGUUAUCAGGCAGCUGAGAGUGCAACGCGCUUGCUCCAGAGAUAUGCCACAUUGGCCAAGUUCGGCAACUCACCGACGAAGUCGCCACAACAUCAGCUCCAGGUUAAUCAGAGCGCCAAUAUCAAGGCACAAGCGGUGGAGGCGAGCGAUGUGGCCAUGACGAAAUCUAUUGCCACACCAAGCGAACUACAGCCUACUAGCGGUAGCAUGAAAAAAUUUGCCUCGUUGCCGCGAUUUAAGAAAAUCGACUUCUCACCUCUGAGAAUGCGGCUGAACAAUGUGCUUCAACGGAAUCAGCAGACUCAGCAGCCGUGAGUAACCAAUUAGAUCUUCCCAGUAAUUUGUAUUUAAGUUCCCGUUGCUUAUAAGUCUUUAAAUUGUGAUUUUCAUUUCGAUUAAGUGUUGAGAUCGGCCGAAGAUUCGGAUAAUUCUAUGUAUGUAAUAGCUAACAACUAAUUUUCUUAUAUGCAUAUUUCUUAUAAUUUUUAAUUUACAUACAUAUGCAUAAGCUUUAUGUUUUUUGUUGCUAUAAGUUUUAAAAAUCAAUUGUAACCAUAUCACACGCCUAAUCAGGGCAAAAGGAAGUAGUAAUCGACUGUUCCUUCAAUGUUGGUUGUUUUAAUGUUAUUUGUAUCGACGACUUGUUCACCUUUGGGCUCGUUUUGUACAUGCGGCACAAACAGCUCCAAUUAUAGAUAUAAUCUUAUAUACCUUAUACAAUCUAAUGAAUGUCUAUAGGAAGUAAAACAUUUGCUCAAUUAUACAAGAAUUGUAACGCUUUUACACAAAUUUUUAUUGUUGACUUACCUAGAGGCGCCUCAUUGUUGACAAAUUUAGUUACAAAUUUUAAAUGCUAUACUUAAUUUUAUUAAGAAUACGCUUUCGGCUUCGCAAAACGCAGUAGCUUAACAUAUCAACAAUCCCAGCGUGUGUAUACAUACAACUGCACAUAUACUACAUAGUAUAUAAGAAGUUAAAUGACAAAUUAAAUUAUAUUGCAAAUGCUUUUAUAGCGCAACCAAAGUUCAAUUGUACCGUAAUUUAGAUCUCAGCUUCGAAACUUUCCGCUCAAGAUAAUAAAACUAAAACAGCGCUUUGUU